CGGCCUUGGCCGAAUCGCGCGGGGCGACCGGGGUCCGUUCGCAUGGCCGUGUUGUAAACAUCGCAGAGUGCCGAUUGCGCGGCAGCCGCCUACCCGCCACUCGUAGCUAAAGUGCUGGCGAUAGUACUUUAUCAUACUUGGGUCUCUAUUGGAGUGAAGGAUUUAUUAUUCUAAAUUCUGGAGUAACUGGCCGUCACUAGUAGGUAUAUUGGAUGUAAACAGGAUACCAAUAGUGAAGAUGGGAAGACGUUAUAAGUUUGAAGUCUUUGCCGUGUUGGCAACAGUAGCAGUUGUCGCUCAGCUUGCCUCUGCACAACCACCUCUAGCAGAUGACUCCAUAGGAAGGGAUAAAGCCAUUAGGCAAUCUUUAAUAAGGGCAGGAAAAAACGUAGCCACUAAACCUAAGUGGGGAUUUUUCGGUACAGUAUUCAAUCUUAUACUUGAGCAAAUCAACGACACAAAAAGCGCGUAUAAUCAAGUAUCUGAUUUGGUAAACAAUCAAUUUGUUGAUGACAAUGCCGUUACUGUAAUGCCAGAUUCAUCAACAAAUGGGACAACGGAGACACCUAAAAUCACCAGAACAGAAUUUCUUAGAAUACUGGACCGCAAUCUAAAGGGAUUGGCGCGACUACGUAGUCUCGAAUGGCGUGAAGCUAGGAAGGAUUCUUGGUCGAAUGCACAAGGGUACUGGAGCGAAGUUUUCGCCGGGAAAAAAUCGAGAAGGAGAAAAUAAAAGAGGUGUUAAGAAGAUUAUAUGUAAACCUAAGAUAAAAUGAACAUUAUGGAUUUUGCCAUAAUUUCUUAUAAUGUUACUUUUAAUGAAAUCAACUUACCUAAGACAAGACAAAAUAACUUUUAAAUACAGCGCCCCACGUAUUCCUUAUUAGUAUAAAUAAAUA